CCAAAGCCGUGAGUACACAUCGGAGUUUGCGACAUUAAGCCUCGGGGUCAGAUGUCCACGUGGCAGGGGCUGUGCCCAGUGCUUGCCAUUCUCAGGGUGUGUAUGUGAAUAUUUCCCCAGUGAUUAAUCAGCAAAACUGCAUCUUCCCAAAAAUAAACAGUGUUUCUUGUUUUGAGAUACUUCUGCCAUGUGAAGAAGGAGUUGUCACAGCUAUAAAGAGGCAAGUGUCUGUGCACAGGGAGUGUGUCCCAGAGUGGCCAGGGUUGGUGACAGAAAGCAUGCCCUCCCCCAGCCCAGCCUUGACUUACUUCGAAUUUCACGUCUGCUCUGCGACCGAUGACCCACGACAUCUUGCUGAACCUGUCUCAGCCUUGGCUGCGUCAUGGGGCAUUGGGGCGUCCCUUCCCCUCUCGGGAGAUGGGCAAAGUAAAUGAUCUGCCCUUGUCCUCCCUGGGGACGAAGUCAGUGGUGGCCUCUGUGGCCUUCCACAAGGCCUGAGGGAGAUAGCUGGGAGCUGCCCCGUCUGCCAGGGUGCACUCCACACAGACCUGUUUAGAAACCCUUCUGGGCGUGUGGCUCUGGAGGAAGUCAGGGUCAUCAAGUUCUCUUCGGGUUUGGUCUUCCUGUAAGGAAAUACAAAUGUUUGUGUCUAAGUGUUUACGUGAAACGUGCACUCUGAUGAGUUUUGGCAUGUCCCCGCGUGAAACUGUCACCAGGCAGGACACUGGGAGUAUCCAUCACCGCCAGAGUUUUUUUGUCUGCAGCCCUCACCCGCCCCCCCCUCCCCCCCCGCAGCUGCUGAUCUCACACCACCAUCACAGUGGACCAAUUUGCAUUUUCUAGAAUGUGACCUAAGGGAACCAUAUCCUCUUUUUCUCCCUUUUCGUGUUUACGAAGCAUCCUUAUCAGGACUUAACCACGUUGUGGCGUUAAUUCACUUCCGCCGGGUGGUGCUCUGUAGUGGGGGUGGGCCACAGCCUGCUAGCCAGUCCCGGGUCAGAUCCGUUGGAUAAUUACACCUUUAAUUGUUGUGCCUUAGGGCGGCUGAGGGCGCAGGGGCCCAGAAUCGAGCAGUCCUGUGGGUCAUGCUUACCUGGUGCACGUCCCUCAGGCGUGGGCCGUCGUGGGGAUCCGCUGGACGCUCUGACCCGCUGUGGUGCCAGCGGAUGGCCACCUGGUGUCUUCACAGCUCUUCCAGGACAAGGAGGGAGUGCGUUUUCCAGGCCUGUUGUGUUUUGGGUACUCAGUCAUUCUUCACACUCCCUGUGGCUUCCAUGGCCGCUUCGCCGGGUCGCCAGAGGACCCCUUGGCCCAGUGCCUCCACUGUCACCUCCCUGGGUGCCUCUGCAGCCAGCCUGCGUCCCCGUGAUUUCAGUCUUCCUGCCCAGGGGCCGUUCUGAGAUUUGCGUCGCUGUUUUGCCUCUUAAGUCAAAUGAAGAGAAUUUUUUAAAGAGAAACUUAAAAAACAGGUUCUUUUCAACCUCUAGGCAAACAGGGAGCAUUUCCUAAAAGAGGGAACAGCUGUGCUGGGGGUCCGGGGGGUGGGUGGCAUUCUCAGGGUAACCCUGCAGCCAUGCUGAGCCCUCCUGAGUGCCACAGUGUGGGGUGCUGGGUAGCUGACACCUGACCCGCCUCUGUCUGACCCCUGGCUUUUAUCUGUAGCAUUACAUUUUUGUUAGGUUCUGCAUGCUUGUUUUCUGAAAGAGCAAAACCCAGGGACCACAGCGCGGAGGCGGUGCUAGGUGGGUGUGGCUGCUGGGAGCCACGUCCAGGCCAGGUGUGCCAGCCGGGUGCACGUCCCAGCGGCAUGUGCAUGCGUGACGUGUUGACGCUCAGGCGUGGAGACGGUGCCGAGCCGGAGGGUUCUGGCCCCGCCUGUUUUCACAGCCCCCCUGAGGCCUUGGACCCCAACAGUGACUCCCGUCCUGUCUCCUGGAUUCUGCACAAAGAAGCACGUUUGUUUUUUUCCUGAUUGCCUUUCACUGUUUCCAUUUUCCCAGCUCUGCCUAAUCUGAAACACGCCAUCUCCCCAAGCUGGUCAGGUGCUGGGAUGUCCCCUGCACUGUGGAACCCUUGUGUCGCCCACUCCCCCGGACGCCGCGAGUGCUCGAAAGCAGGCCCUGUGGGCCCGGGGGUUUCUCUUGUCAUCAGCUGUUCCUAGAACUUCUCUCUUGCUCUUCGUCAGACGGAGGAGUAUGGAGCCCGGUCCCAUCUUGCAUAAGCAGCGACACACUGGCAGGAUUGUCACUGAGAAGUGUCUGCAGUUCAGAAUGUCCAUGCCGGUGGCAGCAUGGGGCUACGGGCUGCUGCGUCGGAAACUCUCCUUCCCGGGCCCGCCCAUGGCAGUGCUGGCCCCACGUGUGUGCAGGGCGGCUGUUGGCAGGACUGGCUGUGAUGAGCAGUCCUUCGCCACCGGCCCCACCCCACGCUGAGCUGAUGGGUCCUCUCUGUGCUGACCUGGGCGGGCUGUGUUCUCCUGGGGGUUCUGGUCUUGGAACCUGGUUGAAGAAAAGACCAUGCCUCUGGUUAAUUGAAUAGCCAGGCACUCACGGUGCCCCCUGAACUGUUGGUCCGGGCGAGCUGCAGACAGGCUCCCAGACCUCUGUGUUUGCCAUUUUCCUGCCUUAGGAGCACCUCGUGCUGCUCAUUUGAUACAUGUCACAGAGCAAGCACACGGAGGCGCGGGAGCUCAUGUGCUCGGGGGCCCUGCUGUUCUUCAGCCACGGCCAACAAAACAGCGCUGCAGAUUUGUCCAUGCUGGUCCUGGAGUCGCUGGAGAAGGCAGAAGUCGAGGUGGCCACAGACCUGUUGGAAAAUCUGGCUAAGCUCUUCAGUUUGAUGGACCCGAAUUCCCCAGAGCGAGUGGCCUUUGUGUCUCGAGCCCUGAAGUGGUCCAGUGGAGGAUCAGGGAAACUGGGCCACCCCCGUCUGCACCAGCUGCUGGCCCUCACCCUAUGGAAAGAGCAGAACUAUUGUGAGUCCCGGUACCACUUCCUGCACUCGGCGGACGGCGAGGGCUGUGCGCACAUGCUGGUGGAGUACUCCACGUCCAGGGGCUUCCGCAGCGAGGUGGACAUGUUCGUGGCCCAGGCUGUGCUACAGUUUCUCUGUUUAAAGAACAAAAGCAGCGCGUCGGUGGUGUUCACGACGUACACACAGAAACACCCGUCCAUCGAGAACGGUCCUCCCUUCGUGCAACCUUUGCUUAAUUUCAUCUGGUUUCUGCUGCUGGCUGUAGAUGGGGGCAAGCUGACCGUGUUCACGGUGCUGUGUGAACAGUACCAGCCAUCCCUCCGGCGGGACCCAAUGUACAACGAGUACCUGGACCGGAUAGGACAGCUGUUCUUCGGGGUGCCGCCCAAGCAGACUUCUUCGUAUGGGGGCCUGUUGGGGAACCUUCUGAGCAGCCUCAUGGGCGCCUCGGAGCAGGAGGGCGAGGACAGUCAGGACGACAGCAGCCCCAUCGAGCUCGACUGACCCUGCCCGCCAGCCCACACGAUGCCGCCCGAGCCCCCAUACCCAGGGGCUCCCGUUCCACGGCGGCCGUGGUGGUGUCUGCACACCCGCCCCGGGCUGCGCCUCGGCCGUGUCGGCUGGGCUGCGCUGCACCUGCAGACUGACCACAAUAAAGCACGGGCCUUGCCGCGCUACCAUCCUCUCCCUGU